AUGGCUGUCCCAGAGGCAAGGGCACGAACCUUCGUAGAGCCCACAACUACCGUUCCUCUUGCGCCCACUUCUUCGCGAUGUGAGUCGCCCGCGAACUAUGUAGCCACAUUGGCGCAACCACCACGUCCUACUGCUGCUGCCCCCAUUCCGGCAUCGGUGACCUCGGUUGCUUCUCCCAGGGGGUACUAUGGAGACACGAGCUACAUCUCACCCGCUUUGCGAUCCUGGGUGGAGUGUCUGGUUGACAACCGAGUGGACCAAGCCAUGCGGUUGCAGGAUGGGGAGAUGGGGCAACUUCUGGAGCAUGCACGACAGGAGACCAGCACAGCUUCACAGAAUGCCGGCCGGGCUAUGCAGCAAGCGGACGAAGCUCGGCGAAAGCUGGAGAGUCAAGUUCGCAGCCUUGCAGAAGGCCAGUCGAGGCUCCUGGCCAUUGUGGAGAACAUUUCUGGAGAUACGGAUCGCCAGUUUUCCUCCAGCAGUCAGGCAAAAGCAGAAGCUUUGGCAACUGUGGAGCGUGUGGUCUCGACUGUCAACGAGCUACGCGUGACAGUAGAGCAGGAUGGCGAUGUUGUCAGCACCCGGCUCCGAGAGCACAGCGUUGCCAUCGACGAGAUUCGCAGGUCUGUGGCAGAGGACUUUGCCCGCCUGCGUGCUGCUUGGUCCGAGCUGCAGAAGCAAUCAGUUGAUGCCAUGUCCCGCCAGCGUCAAAGCGGUGAUGAUCUUGCAACAACGGCUGCGUCAGUGGACGCGACACGUCAUGAGCUGGCUGAACUGGCGCGUCUCGUCCAGAGUCUUGAUAGGAAGCUUAAUACCUGGAAAAGUGAGGUGAAAGUGGAGGUGCUCGAGGAAGUGUCGUCGUCUUCUACCGUAAAUGAGGGGGAUAGGCUCAAGCUGGACUCGCUACAUCGCGAAAUCGCACAAAUGGCUGCAGCCCGGAUCGAUCUCGAGUCCCAAAUUGAAAGGCUGAAAGUUGAGAUGGCGACGAUGGCAAAGCCAGAGUUGGAGAGUCGCAUCCGGGAGAUGCAAAGUGUGCUCUCGAGGCGACUGGAGGAUGUGGAGUCCUCCUGCGAAAACCUCCGCUCAGAGAUGUCUGCUGCUAUGUCAACACGCGUGGAACACCUGGAUGCGCGCAUGCAAGAGGCACACCAGGGACUGUCACGACGCUUUGAUGCUCUUCAAGUUGCAGCUGCGGAGGACGUGGAGUCAGCCCGGCUUGAGAUCAAGAAGCUGUCCACACUUGUCAAGCGCAUCGAGGAUCGCCAGGCAUCCCUUCUGGAAGAAGUCUCUGGUGAAGUUCGUGCGUCAGUCGUCGCCCUGCGAGAUGAAGGAGCGUCUAGCACUUCGGAGCUCUCCAGAAAGUUCGCUGAUCUGGCAGCUAGGCUUGAACAGAUGGAGGUCGAGCAGACAACUGCCCGUGCUACGCGCGAAAUGUUCGAGUACAGGAUACGUGAAGCCACGACUGAGACCAAGCAGUGCGUAGACCUCCUGCAAGGUGAGAUGAGUAGCUUAGGCCAGAAGCUCUCCUCAGAAGUGGCAGAGUGGAGAGAGCGUCUCCGCGAAGAGCUACUUGCCAGCCAACGCAAGCUGACCGGAGAAGUGCGGGAAGCCCGAUCGCUGUUCAAAGAAGACCAGAACGCCAUUGCUGCACUCGAUGAGCAGCUCUGGCUGACCGAUCAGCGGCUUGGCCAGCGGAUUGACGAAAUCCUGCAGGCAGCACAACGGGGAAACCGCCUGGCUGUGGCAAUGGCAGAUGAGGCGGUCGCAAGCCAGAGUAUAGCAAGUGCGGCAAGGAUCAUGGAGCCGAUCGUGGACGAAGCUGAUCUCACAGUGCUCAACCAGAGCACCGGACGAUCCGGUCUCGCCAUGGCUCGUCGGGCUGCUGAGACUUUUGCAGCACAUGGUGGCGGAGAUUCUCUACGCGGCGAUGCAUACGACGGGGAAGUACCGGUGGUUGGCAACUCUAAACGUGGGUCGCUGGCCAUGGCGCGUCAAGCAGCCGAAACCUUCGCGGCUCGUGGCAGCUUCGCUUUGGCCAGUGAGUGA